CGCGGGCACUCGCGAAACGGUCACUCUACACAGCCGCAACAAAAUAAAGGAGGAAAAAAGGCAAAUUGGGUGGAAAACUGGAUUUCGACGGGCGGAAAAGUGUACCUUCGAGUUCCUCGAGCAGCUAGUGGAGUGCAAGCCAUGAAAGUUCGCGGAAAAACAGGCAAAACAAGUAUCUAGCAAGGACUUAAGGAGGAAGCUUCUCGCCCUGUGUGUGUGCCGUGCGUGUGCCAGUGUGCGCGAAGAAGGAGGAGGUGGAGUGGCGACGGAGGAGGAGAAGGAGUUUUUCGCAGGGAAAUUACGCCAACUUUGUGGGAGUUCAGUCGCCGAGCGUCGGAGUGUGUGUGUGCAGCACAACACCCCCCAAGCCCACGCACACAGAGCCAGCCAACCGCCGUUUGUUUUGUGCUCGCAUUCGCGUGCCGCCUUUGUUUGGCUCUCCUCCGGCCGUGAUUCGCCUUCCCCGGCUUGUUCUCGCUCGCGUCCGCCGGCUUCGAUAGCGGCAGCUCCGGCUCCCUCCCGGAACCCACCGCCCACCCCCUUCCGGAUCCGGAGCCAGCAACAACGCCGCCGUGGAUGCCCAUGCUCGCACUCUGGGAGGACUCUCCCAGGACUUUGGCAUGGGCGGCGGCCCGGGGGCGGGUCCGCCCGCGCACAUGUACGGCGCCGUAGCCCCGCAGGACAUUAUUGUCCGGGACAUGGUGCAGAUGCCGCCGCCGCCCUCGAACGCCCCCACAUCGGCGGACGCCUGCCUGAGCAUCGUCCACUCGCUCAUGUGCCACCGGCAGGGCGGCGAGAGCGAGGGAUUCGCCAAGCGGGCCAUCGAGUCGCUGGUCAAGAAGCUGAAGGAGAAGCGCGACGAACUGGACUCCCUGAUCACGGCCAUCACCACGAACGGCGCCCAUCCCAGCAAGUGUGUGACCAUCCAGCGCACCCUCGACGGUCGACUGCAGGUUGCCGGUCGCAAGGGCUUUCCGCACGUGAUCUACGCCCGCAUUUGGCGCUGGCCCGACCUGCACAAGAACGAGCUCAAGCACGUCAAGUACUGCGCCUUCGCCUUCGAUCUCAAGUGCGACUCGGUGUGCGUGAACCCCUACCACUACGAGCGCGUCGUCUCCCCGGGCAUCGAUCUGUCCGGCCUGAGCCUGCAGUCCGGCCCCAGCCGCCUGGUGAAGGACGAAUACUCCGCGGGUCCUUUGGUGGGCAGCAUGGACAUCGAUGGCAACGACAUCGGCACCAUUCAGCACCAUCCCACGCAAAUGGUGGGGCCCGGCGGCUACGGAUAUCCACAGGGACCCUCUGAAUAUGUUGGCGAUGCCAAUCCCAUGAGUGCAAUGUUUCCCAGCGGUCGCGCAAUACCAAAAAUCGAGCCGCAGGAUGGAGUUGCUGGGUCGCGUGGCUCCUGGAUGGUGCCACCUCCCCCGCGGCUCGGUCAGCCCCCGCAACAGCAGCAGCAGCCGCAGCAGCAGCAACCCCCGCAGCCCCCUCAGCAGCAGCAGCCCCAAUCCCAGGCAGCUGCUCAUCCGCUUUCUGUACCUCAUGGUAUGCCGGGCAUGCCUGGUCCCAUGAACCCCGGUCCUGUGAUGGCGCCCCCGCCGCCGCCGCAACAGGCUCAGAAUCCCCAGGGCAAUGGGGUCCACCAUACCCAGGCCAACUCGCCCACAGAUCCCGCCUCCGCACUAGCCAUGCAGCAGCAACAACAACAGCAGCAGCAACAACAGCAGCAACAGCAGGCAGGUGGUGUGCCCAAUGGGGCGGUCAAUGCCAGCGGUGGAGCAGCUCCUGGAGGUCAGUACUACGGCCAGCCACCUCCAGGCAGUCAGAUGCAAGGUGCGGGCGGCGGUGGCUCCUCGGUUCCUCCGCCUGUCCAUGCUCAGCAAAACGGCUAUGUGUCGCAGCCGGGAUCCGCGGGCACAGCUCCCGUUGUAGGAGGUGGUGUCUUCGGCACAGCUCAGCCCACCGCGCAGCAGCCACAGCAGCCACCAACAGGAGUACAGGCCAAUGCUGGAUCAGCUGGGGCCCAAGCCGGCGGAGGGGGCGGUGCAGCUGGCACCUGGACAGGACCGAACACUCUCACCUACACGCAGUCCAUGCAGCCACCGGAUCCCCGCUCAUUACCUGGUGGAUUCUGGAAUUCAACGCUGACGGGUGACCUCGGGUCCCCGCAACAGACGCCCCCGCAGCAGCAACAACAGCAGCAACAGCCACGCCUCCUCUCUCGCCAACCGCCGCCGGAGUACUGGUGUUCCAUCGCCUACUUUGAGCUCGACACGCAGGUGGGCGAGACCUUCAAGGUGCCGUCGGCGAAACCGAACGUCAUUAUCGACGGCUAUGUGGAUCCCUCGGGAGGCAACCGUUUCUGCCUGGGCGCUCUAAGCAAUGUUCAUCGCACAGAGCAAUCGGAACGUGCCAGGCUGCACAUCGGCAAGGGCGUGCAGUUGGAUCUGCGCGGCGAGGGCGACGUCUGGCUGCGCUGCCUGAGCGACAACUCGGUGUUCGUACAAAGCUAUUAUCUGGAUCGCGAGGCGGGACGCACACCUGGCGAUGCAGUGCACAAGAUUUACCCGGCGGCGUGCAUCAAGGUGUUUGACCUCCGUCAGUGCCACCAGCAGAUGCACUCGCUGGCCACCAAUGCACAGGCAGCGGCCGCAGCUCAGGCGGCAGCCGUGGCCGGAGUGGCCAAUCAGCAGAUGGGCGGCGGCGGCAGAAGCAUGACAGCAGCGGCUGGCAUUGGCGUGGACGACCUGCGCCGGCUGUGCAUCCUGCGACUGAGCUUCGUCAAGGGCUGGGGACCCGACUACCCGCGUCAGUCCAUCAAGGAGACGCCCUGCUGGAUCGAGGUGCACCUGCACCGCGCCCUCCAGCUGCUAGACGAGGUGCUCCACGCCAUGCCCAUCGAUGGUGCCUCCGCCUAAUCCGUAUUUAUUAUCGGCCCACAUCUACGUUAAGGACUCAGUUGCAGCAGCAGCUAUCCGGCAGCUAUUGGCGGACUUUCGGUUUUUCAUUUGCAAUUCUGAUUACGAUUCUGUUUGCCUUGGAUUAUUUAAUAAUGAUUUUUAUAAAAAAUUGAAACAAUUUAGCAGUCUUAAGUCUAAGUAUGCAGCUGCAAGGCGCCAAGCAUCUAGUUUUACGUACUAUACUUAAAUACACAUACACACACGCAACACCGGCGAUAAUUGACAAGCGGCACGGGUUCGUUGCCCAUUUCCUGCCACCAAAUCACGACAAGAAGCAUACACAGCAUUACAAUCAUCCAAGCCACAGGGCGAAACAAAAGGAACAUCGACGCACCAUAAAUACAUACAUUUGAUGUAAAAUGCAACAUGAAUAAGGCAGGCGAAACAAGUAGUUGUAACUUAAGUGUAAUAAACAGACCAUAAAAUAAUGA